GAGCUCCGGCCCCUGCACUCGGCAUCGCAGCUGCCACAAACCGGCUGAAAGUUAAGUUCGGUCCCAGCCGCUGCAGGGAGAAGAGCCUGGGGCAGCCCCAGCGCGGCCAGGGCAGAGCGAGAGAGCGGGUCCCGGGGAGCAGCCCCCCUCCAGCGGCGCAGCUGAGCGAGGAGCCGGGCACUGGGGGCGCCAAAGUCUGCUGGGACAGGGGGGCUCGGCUGAGCCUCGGAUUUAAAGACUAAAGGGCAGCGAGAGCCGGUGGGCCCCGGGGGCAGGUGCGUCUCCUCCUGGUCUCCUGACAUUGCAGCGGCCGCCCCCAGCCGGGCUCCCUGUGCCCGGGAACAGGACUCACCUGCUGCCUGCGGAGUCAGGGUUGGGAGCUGCAGCCUGACAGGGAGCCACCAGAUGCCGCCAUGGAUCCUGCUGUGCUUGCCUCUCAUCAGCGAUCUAGGUCACACAAGGCCUUUUUGUCCUGAGGCUAAUUCUGGCGCUGGCAGUCUCACAUCUGCCUGCCAGGGAGCCUUGUCUUGGAGACUGUCGCUUCAAGGGCUCUUCCAAGGGCGCCGGAGCCGGGAAAAGCGCACUAUGACUGGGACGAGCCUGCUGCUCACCCUCGCUCUCCUCUGCAGCUGCACCCAGCUCCUGGCGGACGCGAAUUCCUGGUGGUCUUUGGCUAUGAACCCAGUUCAGAGACCUGAGAUGUACAUUAUAGGAGCCCAGCCUGUGUGCAGCCAGCUCCCCGGGCUCUCCCCAGGCCAGAGGAAGCUCUGCCAGCUCUACCAGGAACACAUGGUGUACAUCGGAGAAGGAGCCAAAAAUGCCAUCAAGGAGUGCCAGUACCAGUUUCGGCAGAGGAGGUGGAACUGCAGCACAGUGGACAAUACCUCUGUCUUUGGCAGGGUAAUGAAAAUAGGUAGUCGAGAGACCGCCUUCACCUAUGCCGUUAGUGCUGCAGGGGUGGUGAACGCCAUCAGCCGUGCAUGCCGCGAAGGAGAGCUUUCCACCUGUGGCUGCAGCCGGACAGCCCGUCCCAAGGACUUGCCCCGAGACUGGCUAUGGGGUGGCUGUGGGGAUAAUGUGGAGUAUGGCUACCGUUUCGCCAAGGAGUUUGUGGAUGCCAGGGAGAGGGAGAAGAACUACGCGAAGGGGUCGGAGGAGCAGGCUCGCACACUCAUGAAUUUGCAGAACAACGAGGCUGGUCGUAGGGCUGUAUACAAGCUGGCAGAUGUGGCUUGCAAGUGCCAUGGUGUUUCAGGUUCCUGCAGCCUCAAGACCUGCUGGUUGCAGCUGGCAGACUUCCGCAAGGUGGGUGACCUGCUGAAGGAGAAGUAUGACAGUGCAGCUGCCAUGAGGAUCAGUCGCAAAGGCAAGCUGGAGCUGGUAAACAACCGCUUCAACUCACCUACGCAGGAGGACCUGGUCUACAUUGACCCCAGCCCUGACUAUUGCCUGCGCAAUGAGACCACUGGCUCACUGGGCACUCAGGGCCGGCUGUGUAACAAGACCUCAGAGGGCAUGGAUGGCUGUGAGCUGAUGUGCUGUGGCCGGGGCUAUGACCAAUUCAAGAGCAUCCAGGUAGAGCGCUGUCACUGCAAGUUCCACUGGUGCUGCUUUGUCAAGUGUAAAAAGUGCACAGAGAUCGUCGACCAGUACGUCUGUAAAUGAAAGAGCCACCAAAGCAACAAAUCUAUAUUAUAUAAAUCUAUAUAAAUAUAUUUUAUAUUUGUAUAAAUAAAUAGAUGAUAAUAAUUAAAGAAGCUUAUUUAAGAGACAUUUUGGUUUUGAAAUUUUCCCAUUGGACUGGAUGGUUUGCCACUCUCUUUAUUCAGCUGCGGAGCAAAGGGGGAAUUUGCCCUCAGACCCUUCUCCCCCUGGAUGUUAUAAUCAGAGUGAAGGGAGCCAAAGAGUUGCUCAAAAGGAACUCCCCUCAUAGCCACCUCGCUCCAGAAGCAGGGGAUUGAUUCAUGGUCAGAUAUUUGAAGGAGAAAAGUGGGUUCCCUUUGCUAUCUCGUGGUUUAAACUCAAAAGUUUAUAUGGUAUUGGACAUCUGGAGUCACAGUCAGACAUGGGAGAGUCUUAGUUAUUCAUGUUCCAGCUCCCCAAGCCCUUUGGACAAGCAAAACAAGAGGAUUUGGGUUUUCUGCUCCCUGUGAAGGAAGUGCUGGUGCUUUGUCAAACAAGAGGGAAAGUCACCCAGGUCUCGUGCUGAAAAAUAUGGAUUAAAAUACAAGGUACUAUAUAGAGUGCUUGGAAUGAGGACAAAGCAGGGACUCCUGCACAGUGGUGGGGAGACCACCUGUUCCAAGUGAGGGAGGAAGGUGUGAUCUUCAAUUGGGAAGAACUACUGUAUCCUGAGAGUUUAAAAGAAACUAGCACCUAGCUCUUCUGAACCUCAAGGGCAAUGAGAAAAAUCUGCCAAAGCCCUAUCUAGGCUGGUCUGUCAAGGAGAUCCUUUUCCCCUCCACUGUAACUCACUUUUGCGGAUUAGGAGCUGCUAUCUGUCUCCUAGGCCUAUUGGGCUCUUUGGAAAAGAAAUAUACUCCAUGUGUGGAGUGUGUGAGAGAGCCAUACAUGCAUGCAGGGGACUGGAUGAACACUGCACCUUAGUCCUUACCAUUGUUGCCAUUUCUCCCCUUUGAAGUGGACACAAAUGGUCACCUUGCCCAGCUCUUUUCAAUCCUCCUCACCUCUGUCCCAGAUGUACAGUUUCUCUUUACCAUUAAAUACCCCUCACUGAGGUUUCUUUCUCUCUC